AUGAACCUCUCUCUCAUCCCUUCCCGUCAUGCAGCGCUCUCGCCUGCUCCUCCGUCGAGCCGCCAUGUUGUCGGAGUGAAAGCCUGGGGUGUCAGAGAGAAACUGGGGCCGAAAUCCGCGACCAUCCACCCUCUCCGCCGGCUGUGGUGGAAUGAGCAGUGUGUGUGUGUUGAAGAGGAAAGCAGUGCUCUGGCAGGAUUCAUUCAGCCCCCACCAUAGAAGUACAUCUCCCAGCAUGCCCGUGGUGCUGAGCAGCGGAGGACAUGCCCCUCCAACUGGGCAGACCCCCCAGGCCACACCCCCCAGCCAGCAGGGUGUGGCGGGCGCUGGACGUUCCCAGGACGAUGCCAUGGUAGACUAUUUCUUCCAGCGGCAGCAUGGGGAACAGCCCGGCAAACAUCGCUGGCCCACCGGAGACAACAUCCACGACAGCCAGGUACGGUCCAUGGACGAACUGAACCAUGACUUCCAGGCUCUGGCUUUGGAGGGACGCGCUAUGGGAGAGCAGCUGCUGACCGGUAAGAAGUUCUGGGAGACAGAUGACUCCGGGAAGGACGGACCAAAGGGGAUCUUCCUGGACCAGUGGAGGGACAGCGCAUGGGGUGCCUCAGAUCACUCAGUGUCUCAGCCAAUCAUGGUGUCCCGUCGGCCAGGGCAGGGUUUCCAUGGCGGAGGUGAAGUUGGUGUUGGUUCUGUAAUGUCGCCGCGAUCUGAGAGUGGAGGGCUGGGUGUGAGCAUGGUAGAGUACGUCCUGUCCUCCUCGCCGGCUGACAAACUGGACUCCUGCCUCCGGAAAGGACCCUAUGGACAGAGGGAUGGGGAGGUGGAGGAGGAGAAGAGGGAGAAGCCAAAGACGACGUUUGAGGGAGAGAAACUGAAAGAGUUAACGGAAAGUGAAUCCGACGUCAUCAGCGACGUCAUCAACCCGAACGGGCUGCCUGUACAGAACGGCCUGGACGUCGACGUCAAAGAGUUCGGUCGUCCUUCAGGCAACAUGCCAGCCCCCGGCCCUGAUGGCGACCUGCUGGGAGGUCCCGGUGGUGUAGGGGCCGAGGGCAUGACACCCCUGGGAGGCGGCGGAGGCCCCAAACCCCCCGAGGACUUCUCCGGCGUGGAGCAAGGUGGUGUUACUAUGGACCCCAUGGAGUCAGUGAUGGAGCCGCUACAGUUUGACUACAACUCUCAGAUGCCCAUGGACUCUGCUCCGACUGUGGGCUUAUUUGAUUAUGCUAACCAGCAGCAGCUGUUUCAGAGAAACAACGCCCUAGCAGUGCAGCAGUUAACAGCAGCCCAGCAACAGCAGUACGCUCUGGCAGCGGCACAGCAGCCUCACAUUGGUCUGGCCCCUGCCUUUGUGCCCAAUCCUUACAUAAUCAGUGCUGCGCCACCUGGGACAGACCCGUACGCAGCAGGACUAGCAGCAGCAGCCACACUUGGUCCGGCAGUGAUGCCUCCACAGUACUAUGGCGUGACGCCCUGGGGUGUGUACCCAGCCAACCUUUUCCAGCAGCAAGCUGCUGCAGCCAACAACUCGGCCAACCAGCAGGCGGCAGGCCAGGGCCAGCAGAACCAACAGCAGGUGAUGCGUGCUGGAGGAAACCAACGACCUUUGACCCCCAGCCAGGGUCAGCAGGGUCAGCAGAACGACCAGCUGGUUGCGGCGGCAGCAGUCAACUCAGCUCUCGCCUUUGGACAGGGACUGGCAGCAGGAGUCCCAGGGUACCCAGUCUUAGCACCUGCAGCCUACUAUGAUCAGACAGGAGCCCUGGUGGUCAACACCGGAGCCAGGAGUGGCCCCGUGCGCCUCAUGGCCCCUGCCUCUGUCAUCAUAUCUCCUUCCGCAGCACAAGCAGUUGCAGCAGCAGCAGCCUCAGCAGGUGGUGCCAACGGCGGUUUGGGCGGCGGGGCCAACGGCCCGUUCCGUGCCAUGACCUCCCAGCAGCCUCAGCAGCAGGGUGGCCCCGGCGGCGCUCUGGGAGGAAGCUCCUUCUACGGAUCCUCGUCCCUCAGCUCCUCCUCCCAGAGCUCCUCUCUUUUCUCACAAGGCUCUGCUCAGCCUGGACCAGGGUCUGCCUCCCUGGGCUUCAGCCAGCCUGCCUCAUCCUCCCUCGGUGCCACUCUUGGGGCCACACUGGGAGGCUUUGGCACUGCAGUGGCCAACUCGAGCGGUGGAAGCGGUUCCAGACGGGACUCCCUUACAGGCAACAGUGAUGUGUACAAACGCACACCCUCCAGCCUCACCCCGAUUGGCCACGGAGGUUUCUAUAACGGCACCUUGGGCUUCAGCCCGUCUCCUGGUCCUGUGGGAAUGCCUCUGCCCAACCAGGGGCCCUCCCACUCCCUCACACCCCCACCCUCCCUGUCCAAUCACAGCUCCUCAUCCAACCUCAAUCUUGGAGGCCUGACCAAUGGCAGUGGGCGCUUCAUUUCUGCAGCUCCAGGGGCGGAGGCCAAGUACCGCAACGCCGCCAGCUCGGGCUCCUCGCUCUUUUCACCGAGCAGUCAGCUGUUCCCGUCGUCGCGGCUACGCUACGGCAUGUCGGACGUGAUGCCGUCGGGCCGGAGCCGCCUGCUGGAGGACUUCAGGAACAACCGCUACCCCAACCUGCAGCUCAGAGACAUCGCCGGCCACAUCAUGGAGUUCAGCCAAGAUCAGCACGGCAGCAGGUUUAUCCAGUUGAAACUGGAGCGAGCAAGUUCAGCGGAGCGCCAGCUUGUCUUCAGUGAGAUACUGCAGGCGGCCUACCAGCUCAUGGUGGACGUCUUUGGAAAUUAUGUCAUCCAGAAGUUCUUUGAGUUUGGCAGCCUGGACCAGAAGCUGGCUCUGGCAGAGAGGAUCCGAGGUCAUGUGUUGUCUCUGGCCCUGCAGAUGUAUGGCUGCAGGGUCAUUCAGAAAGCUCUGGAGUUCAUCCCCUCGGAUCAGCAGGUCAUUAGUGAGAUGGUGCGGGAGCUGGACGGCCAUGUGUUGAAGUGUGUGAAGGACCAGAACGGUAACCACGUUGUGCAGAAGUGCAUCGAAUGCGUCCAGCCUCACGCGCUGCACUUCAUCAUCGAAGCCUUUAAGGGACAGGUCUUUGCUCUCUCCACUCAUCCUUAUGGCUGCAGAGUCAUCCAGCGCAUUCUCGAACACUGCCUUCCUGAACAGACGCUGCCUAUUCUAGAGGAGCUCCAUCAACACACAGAGCAGCUAGUGCAGGACCAAUAUGGCAACUAUGUGAUCCAGCAUGUACUGGAGCACGGCCGCGCCGAGGACAAGAGUAAAAUAGUGGCUGAGAUCCGAGGCAACGUGCUGGGGCUCAGCCAGCACAAGUUUGCCAGUAAUGUGGUGGAGAAGUGCGUGACCCACGCGUCACGGGCAGAGCGGGCCGUACUGAUAGAUGAAGUGUGCAGCCUGACUGAGGGCCCCCACAGUGCCUUAUACACCAUGAUGAAAGACCAGUACGCCAACUAUGUGGUACAGAAGAUGAUCGAUGUGGCCGAGCCUACACAGCGCAAGAUCGUGAUGCAUAAGAUCCGGCCUCACAUUUCCACCCUGAGGAAGUACACAUACGGAAAACACAUCCUGGCCAAGCUGGAGAAGUACUAUAUGAAGAACGGAGUUGACCUGGGUCCCCUCUGUGGCCCUCCUAAUGGCAUCAUGUAAACUGCCCCACCCCACCCCCAACCUCACGUGGGCCACCACGACCACCUGACCUGUCCCCUCCCCUCCCCCCUCCCUUCAGCUCACCUUCUUUAUGCUGUCUUGUCCACCCGCCCCGCCCUUCUCUCCUCUCCCCUCCCCAGUCCGACCCUUCAGAAAGCAUCAUGUCCACUUUGAUCCCUCCAAAUUCUGCUCAUUGGGGAUGCGGAGUACCCGUCGCACCACUGUUUCCAUGACAACCUUUCGGGAGGAGCCUGUUGCUGCAGGCAGCCUUAGUUUUUUUGUCUAUUUUGUCACCCCUCCCCCCAUCUGAGCCCAGGCCUACUGAACCAGGGGAAAAGAGGGAAGGAGGGCGGGGGGGUGGAGCAAAGAGAGAGGUGAGACCUGAUCCUCUGAUCGCUUCACUCCCUUCUUGUUUAUUUCCCGUUUCCUUGUUGUCAUUGUUUCUGACAAAAUUCAAAAAAAUCAUUUCUCCUUUUUGCUACUGCUGCACACACAAUCCUAGCGUCCCCUCCUCCUCCUCCUCCUCCCAUCCUAGCUAUUUACCACUAUGAGAUGGAGUAUUUAAUUUGUCACAGAAUCAUAGACAAAUGCACACACACACACACACGCCAUCAGCUAACCAGCAGACAGAUCAUUUAGCAUGGGAGAUUCGUUUUCUGGUCUUGCUUCUAUAAAUAUAACGUGUAUACUUGGUGUAGACCUUUGCAUAUAUAUAUAAAUAUAUAUAUAAAACUUUGUAGUUUUUCUGGUUUUUGAUGUUGAUUCUGUAUCUAUAAUGUAUCCUAGUAGUGACCACAUACUUCUGACUGUAUAAUUGUACAUUUGUAAACCCUUGUAAUGUAAAAGUGCUUUACCACCCUUUUUGGUAUGAGAAGAAAAAAAAGAUUAAAAAAAAGCUUACUCUUUAAAAAAACAAAACAAACAAAAAAAACACCUGUGCAUUUCAGUGUAUAUUCUCACCUCCUUGGUUGUGACAUAUGAGUUGUUGUAUAUUGUAAAUUGUAAUAUCAAAUUUUUGUUUUGAAAAGCCCUUUCUAUACAGCGUAGUACUUGUACAAAGAUUCGCCACGCUUGGUUUUAUCUUUAUCUCGUCACUGCUUAACUUAAGACGUCAAAUCUCCCACUGACUCCCAAUUGGACACGUUCUGUUAGACUUAGUGGUGUCUUCUGGUUUAUGUUGGAAGUUCUUUACGUUCGACAUUUUGUCCUUUUUUUUAAGAUCUUUUUAUAGGAACGCUUUACUCGAUGAAAUGUGUCAUGCGUAUGGGUGUGCUGGCCGGGCGGGAGGGAGAACUCUUACCCAUUUGAGCCCCCAUCAAACCCAUCAGUUACCCAUGACUAUUUUCAGGGGUAAACCCAUGGAUUGUACAGAGGAGAUUCUUGUGUUUUUUGGCAUUUCUCUAGUGCUGUAAGUGCUGUAUCAUACUGUCCAUGUCCUUUUGGGUGAGAGAGGCAGCCCGCCACAGCGCGGUGUACAUUUGGAGCAGCCUUGUGUAUAUUUACUACGAGCACACCUGUAACCAUAUGUGUAUAGUUAACAGAACCUGUGUAUGCUUAUUGCCUGGGCAACUAUUUUUUGUAACUCCUGUUGUAGAUUGUCUCUAAACAAUUGUGUGAUCUUUAUUUUGAAACCAAACUGAACAAAAAAACUUUGAAAAUUGAA